GAAGUAAUGGAGAGGAAACCCCACAUCCUAGUAUUUCCUUACCCCAUACAAGGUCACAUAAACCCAAUACUCCAAUUCUCGAAGCGCCUUACCUCAAAGGGUCUGAGAGUGACAGUAAUCACCACCACAUCCAUUAGCAAAUCCAUGCAAGAGAGCUCUCUCAACUUCGUGACCAUCUCUGACGGCUCCAAGCAAGGCGACAAGGAAACCAUGUAUGAAGAACUCGAGCGUUUCAAACUAUUUGUCUCAGAAAGCUUAGCAGAGCUGAUUGAGAGACAAAAAAGCUCCAAACACCCACCGAAACUGCUCGUGUACGACUCAGCAAUGCCAUGGGCUCUAAACGUGGCCAGGCAACUUGGUGUGGAUGGAGCUCCAUUUUUCACUCAGUCUUGUGCGGUUAAUGUAAUUUACCAUCAUGCACAUCAUGGAGUUUUCUUACAGAGGCCUUCUGUAUCCUUACCCUACAUGCCAUCACUAGGGGUUAAUGAUGUGCCUUCGUUUCUUAAUGAUACGGGCUCCUCUCUUCCGCUCAAAAUUGCAUUGAAUCAAUUCUCAAACAUCCAUGAGGCAAAUUGGAUCUUCUGCAACACAUUCGACAAGUUGGAACAUGAGGUAGUGAACUGGAUGGCAAGCCAAUGGCCAGUUAAAACAAUUGGACCGACAAUUCCAUCAAUAUACUUAGACAAGCGAUUGGAGGAUGACAAAGAGUAUGGUCUCAACCUCUUCAAGCCUAAUGUGGACACUUGCAUGAAGUGGCUAGACACAAAGGAAAUUGGCUCUGUCAUCUAUGCAUCAUUUGGAAGCUUGACAACCCUGGGAGAAGAGCACAUGGAGGAGCUAGCAUUGGGCCUCAAGAAUAGCAGCUGCUCCUUCUUGUGGGUAGUAAGAGAAUCUGAAGAAAAAAAGCUUCCCGAUAAUUUUAUAGAGGAGACAACCGAGAGGGGGUUGUUUGUGACUUGGUGCCCUCAACUAGACGUAUUGGCUCACAAGGCAAUUGGGUGCUUCAUGACUCACUGUGGGUGGAACUCAACGCUUGAGGCAUUGAGCUUGGGAGUGCCAAUGGUUGCGAUGCCACAAUGGACUGAUCAACCAACUAAUGCAAAAUUCAUUGCGGAUGUUUGGAAGGUAGGGAUCAGGGUUAAAUUGAACGAAAAAGGCAUUGCGACCAGAGAAGAAAUAGAGAUGUGUAUAAGGGAAGUAAUGGAGGGUGAGAGAGGGAAAGAGAUGAAAAAGAAUUCAUUGAGAUGGAAGGAAUUGGCUAUAGAAGCUGUAGACAAAGGUGGAAGCUCAGAUAAAAACAUAGAGGUGUUUGUAGCUAAACUUGCACACUCCUAA